UGGCGGCAUUAGUCGAGUGUCUCUUGUGUUUGACUUUUGAAUUGUUGUCGGAUUGUGCAGUUCAGUGAAUUUUUGUUUAAAAUAAAAUAAAAGAAAAGAAAAAAGUUUUGUGUUUCAACCAUGCCACCAAACGCAAAUGCUACAGUUAAUGAUAAUGAACACAUAUCAACAGUACCAGAAAAUACAGCCACCGGAGUUUUAUCCGAACAGGAAGCUGAAACCAUUGAUGGAGGUUUAGCCAAAGACAUUGCACCAUUAAAAAAGGCCAGUGAACGUAAAUUGGAAUUGGUAUGGCAGAAUAUCAUAGGUUUUAUCUAUCUAUAUUGUGCCACGUUCUACGGCUUCUACCUAAUGGCUACAUCAGCAAAAUGGCAAACGAAUAUUUGUGGACUUCUCCUAACUUAUCUCACCGGUUUUGGCAUCACUGCUGCGGCACAUCGUUUAUGGGCUCAUAAAGCGUAUAAAGCAAAUUUACCUAUGCGCAUAAUGUUGAUUAUCUUCAAUACUAUUGCAUUCCAAAAUUCCGUUUAUGUUUGGGCCCGUGAUCAUCGGGUGCAUCAUAAAUUCUCGGAAACCGAUGCUGAUCCACAUAAUGCUACACGUGGUAUGUUCUUUUCGCACAUCGGUUGGUUGAUGUGCAAAAAGCAUCCCGAAGUCAAGGAGAAGGGCAAGACCAUUGAUAUGUCAGAUUUGGAAGCCGAUCCCAUUGUUAUGUUCCAACACAAAUACUACUACCUUUUGAUGCCUAUUGCUUGUUUUGUGUUCCCCGCAUGGUUACCCAUGUAUUUCUGGAAUGAGACUUUCUCCAACGCAUGGCAUAUUUGUGUAUUGGCACGUUGGUGUUUCCUUCUCAAUUCGGCCUGGUUGAUCAACAGUGCUGGUCAUAAAUAUGGCAGCAAACCUUACGAUAAAAACUACAAUCCUGCUGAGAAUGCCUUCAUUGCCAUUUUGACUUUGGGCGAAGGCUGGCACAACUAUCAUCAUGUCUUCCCCUGGGAUUACAAGACUUCCGAAUUGGGCAAUUACUCCAUGAACUAUAGCACAGCCUUCAUUGAUUUCUUUGCUAAACUUGGCUGGGCCUAUGAUUUGAAAACUGUCUCGGAGGAUAUCAUAAGGAAGCGUUGUCAACGUACCGGUGAUGGUACUCAUCCCAUUUGGGGUUGGGGUGACAAAGAUCAGGAUAAAGAAGAAAUGAGGGAUGCUGUUAUAAUUAAUAAGAAGAAGAAGUAACUUGUUAGGGAUAUCUACAAUAAAAGGGUUGUCGCCCCUAGGAGUACACCCUUGGAAAUAAACUUUAAAACUUUUCCAGUGUUUCGACAUAGUAUUCGAUGUAGAACUUUAGUUGUAUAGCCUUGUUCAACUUAUUCUCUUGUUUAAUAUUUAACAUUUUCUUUUUUUACAAAUUCCAAAUGAGGUCUAUUUCUAUAGCAAAGAACAGGUUAAGCAUAAUAAGGGGGGCACAUUAGCAUUAGCAUAUGCAUUAUAUGUAUAUCGUUUAUAGCAUGUCAGGGGUUUAAAUGUAAGUCAUAUUUAAAGCACAAUCAAUCAUACAUUUGUACAUCAUAUAAUUGAUAAA